CCGCCGCGCCGUAGGUCAGGCUGCACGCCGCCGGCUGCCAUGGCGAACGUGUCCGAGCGGACGCUUCAGCUGUCUGUGCUGGUGGCCUUCGCGUCUGGAGUGCUCGUGGGCUGGCAGGCGAACCGGCUGCGGAGGCGCUACCUGGACUGGAGGAAGCGGAGGCUGCAGGACAAGCUGGCGGUGACUCAGAAGAAGCUGGACUUGGCCUGAGACCCCGCGCGCGCCCGCGCGCCCACCUCGCCUUGCGCUGGCGGGGCCUCCGGCGGGGCUCCGACACGUGACCUACGGUCUCCGUACACACUGUGCAGCGCCUUGCUCUUGAUGGAGUCGGUGAGCGGUACUGACGCAGUUUGUCGAAGAUGGAUACAGAACACUGGACAGAUCUAAUUUCUCCUUGCACUUUAUGAGUCAAUUUUAUUUUCAAAAUAAAAAAAAAUUUUAAACCUC